AUGGUGGUGGACGACUCGCCCUUCUGGGACGUCGCGGAAGUGGACUGGACGCCUUAUCUGCGGCUGUUACGCAUUCCGGCCAACGCGGUCCCGUCAACGAGUCGUCCGACAGCAGGUCGUACGACCACGGGGGCGGGCGCGAUCGGUGGUGGUGGUACAACCACUGGUGGUGUUGGUACAACCACUGGUGGUGGUGGUACGACCAGUGGCAGUGGUACGUUGGGUCGGCCGGAGUUGUUAGACCGGCAAGACGUGUUAGAGAUUGUGCAGGCAAUUGCGUCUGCGAACCCGAGAGUGGACAAGAACUGGAUCAACGACAUCUGCCACACGUUAGCGCAGACGAGGACCAUGCAGCAGCAAGUGGUUUGUCUGGGUCGGACAUUGCAGAGUCUUUUUGAGAAGAGCAGACUUGCUUUCCUGGACGCAUUCUGCGCCAAGGUCGGGCUCAUCGACGGCCAAGACCCCUUUGAAUUGGAACUACACGCUCUAGACGUCAACGAGAAGACCGCCAUCAUCAUUCAAAAUGAACAACGUCUACUACACACUGCUACCUUAUGCGAACAAUUACAGCUUAUGACCGCCUCAGAAGGUCUCAUCGACGCUGUCCGCAGAAACGACCUGGACCUCGCGCGUCUUGCGACUAUUGAACGCAGAGCCACCCAAGUACUCGCUCAACUUACCCUCUUUGAAGACCGACUUUUCGAGCUUGUCAAACAUGUCGCCAAAGUCAACCAACUUUUUACAAUGACUGAACAGAUCCAAACUGCUGACGACUGA